UUGGUCCUUAGCCUAGCUGACAGAGAUUCUUUCCUGCAGAGGCCGACGACAGAGGAACUAUCGAAAGACGCAGAGAUGGGGUUGGGACUCCGUUGCUCCGUUGUCCUCGUAUUGUCUAUCGCCCGGGUCUCUUCGUCAGUAUGCCCCACCUUCAAGAAUCUCCAUGCAGAUAACUUAAUGUGUGAGCCAAACUGCCUGGACCCUUCCAAAGGCAACGUGUAUGGUACCCUUGACUAUCAUGAGGAUUCCCACGUGUGUCUGGCGGCUCUCCACGCGUCGGUCAUCAGCGAAAUGGGAGGCUCGGUCAGCGUCAAGAGGUCAGGGCAAGCCAUCCGAGAUUUCUACGGCACUGUCAGGAAUAGGAUUAAGUCCGAGACAAGGAUGGACGCCGAUUCACGGCCUUAUGCUGUCCGAGGACCCGGCGGCAUCACAGCAGAAGACCUCCUUCCCGACGUGCUCCUCGUGCACAAUUCCUACGCAGACACGGAUCUCCACGUCGCUUGCUUCUCUCAGGACCCCGGGUAUGAACUGGCGACCGGCCUCACGAGGUGGGAUUAUAGCAAGAACAUGGGUAGCAAGCGAGUGGAGAGGCAGCCGCAAAGAACCGUCUUUACCUUCGAUGACGGCCCCAACUACCACGCCUUCGUCUGCCAGGGGAGACGCGCACCAACGGAUGUCCUGGCGGUUGUCCAGUUCCGCCUGGACAAUCCUGGAUACCACAAGCCCACGUACCAGGCUCCAUAUAAGUUUUACAUCUCGAAAACUAAGUUUGCGUGA